GCGCAAUUUCGGCCACUUUUUAUCAAUCUUUUAGCGAUUGAUAUUUUGACACUUUCAAAAUUUACAAAUUGCAAAUAUAUGAACUAGUACAAAAGCGACAUUAAUCCAGCAUUUUUUUAAUGUCACCAUCUGCCAUUUCAAUAUCAACACUUACUCUAGCAUAUUUCCUUUACCAACGCAUGGACAUCUUGAUUCCCUUUACUUACAAUUACAUUACAUUCGAAUUGUAACGAAUUGACAGAAGUGAUCGUGAUUUGAUAAAUAAACAAACAAACAUGUUUAAUUUGUCGGCGUAUGAGUAUCAUCGGAACAAAGUUUAUAUGGCAGUGACUCGAAGGUCAUUAAGAGACACAUUGGAUCCAUUCGAUACUCCAGACGAACGUUUCAUUGAAAUGUAUCGUUUCACUCGAUGUCUGGCUUUGGAUUUUCUCGAUUUGCUUAAAGUACAUAUGAACGACAUAAACUGCUGCCCAGAAAUCCCUCUUACAAUCCAAUUUUGUGCAACACUAAACUUCUACGCUAGUGGCAGUUAUCAGCGUCGAGUUUCAGCCGAUGGUAUGGCCAUGAUCAGCCAAAGUGUAGUGUCGAGAUGCGUUCGAUCGAUUAGCUACGCAAUUGCAACGAGAAUGAUUGACGAACACAUUCGAUUUCCUCAAACUCUAGCAGAGGUCAAAAUGUUACAUGAUGAACUUCAAAAUCAUAGUGAUUUUCCAGGUUGUUUCGCGAUUGUAGACGGGUCACAUAUUGCCCUUUCUGCUUUGCCCAAAUUGAUCGAAUUUGCAUUUUUAAAUCGCAAGGGAUUUCAUUCAUUGAACACACAAUUUGUCGUUUCAACCCAGCUUCGAAUUUUGAACGUCAAUGCUAGAUAUUCUGGUUCAACACACGAUGCUCUAAUUUGGAGGUCGUCUCUCGCUAAUUCCACGUUGAAAAGAAUGUCAGAAAGACAUGGGCAAGAAUGGAAGUAUUAUUUGAUCGGCGAUCACGGAUACCCGUUGCAGCCGUGGCUUUUAAAGCCGUACGACACACCUUGCAAUUGGGCAGAGACGGUUUUCAACAGUCGACUCAGAAAAUUGCGUUCAUUAGUGGAAAGAGUGAUUGGUUUGUUGAAAGCUCGUUUUCGGUGUUUACUCAACGAAAGAAAAUUACGUUACAAACCUCUUAUCAGCGGCUACAUUAUUUAUUCUUGCUCCGUGUUGCACAAUUUUCUCAUCGAUAAUGACUACCCAGUCGACAACAUUGAACCCAUUUUCGAUGACGAGGUUGAGAACUACAACGUUGACAUGGUUAUUAACUGUAACGAGUUGGAACGAGGUCGUCGAAUCAGAGAUGGAGUCGCAAUAAAUUUCGUUAAUUGAAAUAUAAAAUCGAAGAGAGCAUCUGCAAAA